AUGGGCUUGGACUUCAAAGACUAUAAAACAUCAGGCAAAGGGCCGAGUUCAUUAUUUCGUAGAAUCUUUGUGUUUGGAGUUGGCUGGAGUUGGAGUUGGCUUCAGAAAUUUACUGCUACUGAAAGAUGGGCAAGACCUUACCACUUACCGAGCUCUGCAAAACUGAUGUGUGAGAUACACAUGAAAACAAAGAACUUCUUCUGUGAGGUUAUGAAGGACUUGCUCUGUUUGCUGUGCUGUAAGUUGAAGGAACGUGAGGCCCACAGACAUUGUUUCACUGACUGGACUGCUGAGGAAUACCGGUCACCGCAGGGUUAUGUGUCUCUGCGGAGGGAGAUGAUCCGUGCUGAAUAUCGGAAGGUGUACCACUUGCUUUUCGAGGAAGAGAGACGUUAUUUAGAGAGAAUGGAAAAAGAAAGCAACGAGAUUUUACAACAACUCAGAGCAAGUGAGGACAGCAUGGACCAAAAGGGAAAACUCCUAAGAGGAAUGUAUGAGGACCUCAAGAAAACGUGUCAUAAACCAGACGUGGAGCUGCUCCAGCAUUUUGAAAACACUUUAAAAAGGAGUGAGUCAGUGCAGCUGCACAUGCCCCAACCUGUGGAUCCACGACUCAGUUCAGCCCAUCACGGGGCUGAUAGACUCAACCGUUUUCUUGUGCCCAUUUUUUUUGAAAAUGAAACAACGACCUGUCACAUGCCGCUGUUUGAAGAUCUGAGACGUUGGCUCUUCAGUCGCGAUCAUCCUGACGUUGUCACUAAUGCAACAAGAUCAAAAUACUUUCUGGCAUGGGGAGCCCAGACAUUUACCUGUGGUCAGCAUUACUGGGAGGUGGAUGUGGGGAACUGUCGGAACUGGGCCCUUGGAUUUUGCGAUGAUUCUUGGACAAUGAGGAAUGACAUGGCGCUUGACUCAGAGGGGAUUUUUCUACUCUUUUGUAUCAAAGAGGACAACCAGUGUCGUCUCUUUAGCUCCUCCCCACUGUCACCUCAAUAUGUAGAAAGGCCUCUGGGCCACGUGGGGGUGUUCCUGGAUUAUGAGUGUGGUGUGGUGAGCUUUGUGAAUGUGGCCAAUUGCUCCCUCAUUUGCAGUUUCCUCUCACGUUCCUUCUGUCUUCCUCUCCGACCCUUUCUAUGCUCUGCACCCUCGUGAGGAGGGACAUGUCAGAAAGUGACCGCAAGCGUCAGCUCAGCGAAGUGCCUGCUUGAUGGUCUUCAACGUCUUCCUUUAUCCAACCCAUUGACUAUUUUUAAAGGUUGAUAAUUACAAGCGUAUACAUUUGUUUGCAUUGUAUUUAAAUAAAAACAAUCUCUCUUAGAGGUUGAUGCCAUCUUUA